AUGUCCGGUUUCAAUGAUGCUCCGAUAGUCAAGAGGCUGGCGGUGCCCGCCGUUUGCCUCCUCAUCAUUUUCCUCGCCUAUACCUCCCAAUACCUCUUCUACACCGCGAAAAACCUCGACCCUGGCCCGCCCACCAAGAAGCAGACCAUCACCUUCAACGCUCUCCUCGCCUGCCUCUGGUGGACCUACUACAGAGCGUGUACCGUUUCCCCAGGGCGCUACGACCCCGCGGUUAUCGGCAGCACCGGCAAUAAGCCCACAUCGGACGACCGGCGAGGAGAAGACUCGAGCUCCGAUGAGGACGGCGAAUCGGCUUUCGGCCCCGCAGGGGCACCCCCGGCGGUCCGGGCACCCGUUGGUGCACCAAGUGCAACGUCGCAAAACCGCCGCGGGCCCAUCACUGCCGCCACUGCCGCCGAUGCAUCCCAAAAAUGGACCACCACUGCCCCAUACUUGCUCCUCCUGCGCUUCAUGGCCCUCUGGGAGUCCCGAAACUGGCCGUCCUACCUCGGCCCGAGCCUUGGAGGAUUGAUUCACCUCGCGCUUCUCGGCAUCGUGUGCUUCGUCACAUCCUUCGCGCUCGGAAUAAUGCUUGUGGGCACCGUAAAAGGCUGGCUGUUCAACACCACCAUGAUCGAGGGCUGGGAAAUCGAAAAGCAUGAGAGGUCGGUGGAACGGCGCGGAGCCGGCUGGUGGGACAGCGACGACGAUGCCGGCGGGCCCCGGAGAAAAUCGAGUUCCCUUACGACGUUGGCUUCUUCAAAAUUUGUCGGAUGCCAUGGGCACCAGAAAUCCCUUUUAUGGUUCUUCCCCUUUGCAGGGGGCCCGCGCCUCUCGCGGACCGGCCAAGGCCCUGGUUGGGAGUACGAAGAGAAUGGCUUCAACACCCGACUCGGCAUGUGGCCGCCACCGGACCCUGAUCGCCACCGACGCGGAGCGGCUGGUUGGCCGGGAAAGUAUGUGGACGACGAAGGCGCCAUCCCAAUGUACGGUUCUCCCGAGGAACGAAAAGAGGCUUUCCAGAGAAGGCAGGAGGCGGAUAUGCGGAGAUGGAAGCGGGAGAGGGCCGAUAUGCUCGCGGAGCUAGAGGAAGUUGACACUUACGUAGUCGAUGACGACGUCGGCGGCUCGGGGACCAAGACGGCUUUCAGGAAUGCCGACGGCGAGACACUCGACGAUUACGGAGUCGACUCUGAUGACGAUGAGGAUAUUCCCCUGAUUCGUAGAAUUGACGACGACGAGGAUGUGCCGCUAGGAGAACUCCUACGCAGACGGAGGAUAGUAGAACUAGAUGAUAGCGAGUCUUGA